AUGAAUCUAAUAAGAAGGGGAAUAAAUCUUUUAGCUUCAAGUAUUAGGACACAAUGUUAUCAGAUACCAGCUGUAAGCCAGCGUGUCUCGCCUGCGGCGGAGGGCACUGGGACGCCGCUGGGCUUGUUCAGCCGCGCCAUGGCCACGCUGGCGCAGAUGCAUCGAUUAGGGCCGCACAAGAAGAACAGGAAGUCCAGGAACCCUCUUAACGGGAACCCAUUCGCUAAAGGCGUGGUACUAAAGACAUUGAUAAGAAAGCCAAAGAAGCCGAACUCCGCGAACCGCAAGUGCGUGUUGGCGCGACUCUCCAACGGCAAGGAGAUGAUCGCGUACGUGCCCGGCAUCGGACACAACCUGCAGGAGCACAACAUCGUGCUCGUCCGCGUCGGCAGAGUGAAGGACUGUCCGGGCGUGAAGCUAAAGUGCGUGCGCGGCAAGUUCGACUUGUCGCACGUCGUCAAACAGAAGCAGUAGCCUAACUCUGUACGGUACCAUUAUCUUUAGCAUUUCUAUAGUAAUUAUAACAAUUUAGAGUAAGGAAA